CGCACGUGGGCGGGGCGGCGAGCCAUGGCGGGCUCGGCGGGGCUGGCGCUGUGCGGGCAGCAGCUGGUGGUGCACGGCGGGAGCCGCUUCCUGGCCACGUCCACUGCGAGCAGUGUCAGUGACAUCCCUUUCACGUACGACUGCAGGACCGCAGAGAAGCCCCGUGAGAGUCAGGGGGAGGACAGCCAGCUCACGGACAGAGGGAGUGACACCAUCCUGGCCUGCACCUUCUCCACGUCGGGCAACUACUUCGCCCUGACCGAUGACAGUAAGCGCCUGGUUCUUUUCCGAACGAGACCGUGGCAGUGCCUGAGUGUGAGGAGCGUGGCGCGGCGCUGCACGGCCCUGAGCUUCACGGCGUCCGAGGAGAAGGUCCUGGUGGCCGACAAGUCAGGGGAUGUGUACUCCUUCCCCAUCGGGGAGCCGGGCGCCCCCGGCCGCCUGGAGCUUGGCCACCUGUCUAUGCUGCUGGACGUGGCCGUCAGUCCUGAUGACCGCUACGUCCUCACGGCUGACCGGGAUGAGAAGAUCCGGGUCAGCUGGGCCAAGGCUCCACACAGCAUUGAGGCCUUCUGCCUGGGGCACACUGAGUUUGUAAGCCGCAUCCUGGUUCCCCCCGACUGGCCUGAGCUGCUGCUGUCAUCCUCUGGGGAUGGCACCCUGAGGCUCUGGGAGUUCCAACGAGGCCGUGAACUGCACUGCUGCCCCCUGACUGGCCUGCAGGAGCCGGCCAAGCCUGCAGAGCCCCAGCGGGUGGCCGCCUCAAGGCUCGUGUACUGGCGCCAGGAAGCCUGCGUGGCGCUGCUGUGUGAGGGCCUUCCUGCCGUGUCCAUCUUCCGGCUAGAUGGCGCGGGCCGGCGGCUGGCCUUCUGGCAGCAGCUCCCAUUGCAGCACCGCGCGUGGGACCUGGGCCUGGAGGAGGGCCGGGGGCUGUGGGUGCUGCAGGACUCCGAGGAUGCCCCCCUGCUGCUCUGCAGGCCAGUGGGCGGCCAGUGGCAGCUGGUCCCUGACGACGCUGUGCUGAGCCGGGUGUCCAGCCUCCUGCGCGCACACUGGGCCGAGCUGGGUGGCUCUGCUGGUGAGCGCCCUGGCCUCCAGGGCCUGUACAAGGCAGCGUGCGACAAUGUGGCCGCGUACCUGCACAGGAAGCAGCAGCGGUUACUGCAGAGGAAGCGGCGGGCGGUGGACAGUGGGCCGGCCAAGCAACCACACGCUGGGGACACUGCCCUGGGCUGCUCCUAGGGACCCAUGGAUGCCUGGGGACCCGGAACGCCCCAUGGCGGGGAGAGGUGCAGCGGCCAGAAAGGCAAUCUCGGGCCCUGGCAGGACAAGUGGUCACAGGCUCUGGACGGAGGCAUGGGGUGAGGACUCACCCGGGCUGGACACUGGCCCCCAUGGGAAGUGAAGACAUGACGGUCAAGGGCGGAUGGGGGCCCCCAGGAGAGCCGCCAGCACCCAGGCGGCUUCCAGCUGAGCUGCCGGUGGGGCCGUGUGGCCACCAGGGAGCCGUUAUGAUGGUCUGGGACAGACUGGCCACUGCGUGUGGCCUGACCCGCUUCCGGAGGUGGCCGCGUGGGAGCAUUGGCGGGUGUGUCUGAGCCAAGUGCCUGUGUGACUGUGAACACCCCCAGACUGUGAGUGUCAUGAGCCCCGAGUGCUGGUCUGUGUGGGACCUUGGCGUGGCCGCCCGCUGCUUCUUGGAAUAAAAACGCAGGUGUGAGAAGCACGACAACGCCAGUGCAGGCGCCCGGCAGCCUCUGCUGGCCCAGCUCACCCCCUCUGGCCCAGCGACAGGACAGGACACGCGUCGUGGGCCUCUGACCCUG